AUGGCGGAGCAAUUGUGGCACACCGUUUUCGAGGACAGCAAGAUUGGGCAGCAGCCGCAGCGCGUGAUCGGCGAGCUGCUCGCGGCGGCGUUCCAGGAGGUGCUGCCAUCGAUUGAGUCGGUGCCACCGAUAAGGUUCAACACGACGGCUUGCGACGCCGCGGGCGGGAAGCUGCAGACCCAACAGUGGCGCUUGCUGGAGUUGUCACUCGAGAAUCUGCAGCACGCAACCAUCUUUGGAGGAGACGGCAGCGGCCAGUUUGGAGUUUGUGUGAUGCUGCCAAUCACGGUGCCACUGCUUCGCAAGGUGGCAACCAUACUCGUCUUUGACUACCUGCUGUGGAACUACAAUCGAUUCCGCAACUACAAGGCUAAGCGGCCACCCAUCUUGCAUUACACCCGGAACACCUUUGUGCGGCGGAGCAGCACCGGCGCUCCUCUCUCUCUCGCCACCUUCUCGCCGGCCAGCAUCGCCUCGCCUAGCGCGCCGUUCGCCUUCAUUGACAACGAGUUUGGGACGCACGCGAAACUUGGCGCGGUCCGAAUCCUGAACGCGUCUCGCUCGGACCACCGGCACGACGUUUGCAAGGCAUUUCCGAGCUACGUAGACUACGCGAGUUUCAGGACCUACGUGAAAAGGAGCGCGGGCUAUGCAAUCACGGCCGACGCUGCGAUUGGCUGCCCGCUUGCACCCGCCCUCGUCGCUGACUUGAAUCGUUACGGCAGUGGCGCAGCCUUUGCAGACGCGGUGCUGAGCGCGAAGCGUCUCGCGCGCUCCGCCUGCGUGCAACGCCUGUGGAGGCGCACGUUCAGCUCACCGGGCUGCCCCAAUCUGCGCGGCUACCUUGCAGCCCGCUACGAUACGCUCGUGGUGGGCUUGCGGGCAUGGGGCUGUGCGGCUGUGGUGCUCUAG